UGUAUGCGCCUUACCAACAUAUCUAAAUUGAGAUACUGAGAAGCGACCACGCGACAUGUUCCCGUUGCCGAUGUUCACACCGGACCAGGUCGCUCGGGUGUGCGAGAACUUGGAGGAAACCGGCGACAUCGAGCGCCUUGGCCGGUUUCUUUGGUCACUGCCAGCGGCUGUCCCUGGCUCCGCUGGGGAGGCGCUCAACCGACACGAGUCUGUCAUGCGAGCGAGAGCGCUGGUCGCUUUCCACGCAGGAAAUUUUGAGGCUCUCUAUCAGAUCCUCCAGAGUCACAGAUUUACGCGCGAGUCGCAUGCCAAGCUCCAAGACCUGUGGCUGGACGCGCAUUACAGAGAGGCGGAGAGGCUCCGGGGACGGCCACUGGGCCCAGUGGAGAAGUACCGGAUCCGAAAGAAGUUCCCACUACCCCGCACCAUCUGGGAUGGCGAGCAGAAAACACACUGCUUCAAGGAAAGAACUCGCAGCUUGUUAAGGGAGUGGUAUCUCCAAGAUCCGUACCCCAACCCAUCCAGAAAACGGCACUUGGCCCAGGCCACAGGACUUACACCUACACAAGUAGGUAACUGGUUCAAGAACCGCCGCCAAAGAGACCGUGCCGCAUCAGCGAAGAACAGACUGCAGCAGGAUCCUAACCUCCUCCCCACUAAGGGCUCACCUGAUGGCUCCCUCCAGGAACGCCAUCAUCACCCCCACCUUCUGCCUAACUCCCCUCGCCACAUCGGCAGCCCGGAAGCCAGCGACUGUAGCACGGAGAAUGAGCGCAGAGGAACGGGAGCGUCCACCCCAGACAUCUCCGUCAGCAGUGACAGCGAGUUUGAGUCUUGA